AUGAUGACUAGAAACUCAAAAUUUGUGAUUGGAGUGUCGCUCCUGUUGAAUUUGAUGAUUCAGGGAGGAGCGACCUUCACUUCCUCGAUGAAUCACCACGUCCACAACAACCAGCGACCUUCGAUUAUUUCCAUGACACCUUCGCAGCAUGUUCUGCAGCACUUGCGUGGAGGUGAAACAGCCGCAGAGGAGGUUUUGAAACCUCUCAAAGCGCCAAGAUUUCAAAACAUGGUAUUGACCAAUCACCCUGAAGUAAGAGAUUUCUUCGUAAGGACAGCGGAAUCUUGUACAAAAGGCUGGACGGCGGUCAAGGAUAGCUUUUACGCAGCCGAUGUCAUCGCGUUGGUCUGCUUAGUCAUUCUUCCGAUUCCUUUGGCAAGGAUGUACCACAAGAUCUUCUACCAAAUAGUCCCAAUCUUUGUUCCAUCCAAAGAAAAGAAGGAGUACCAAAGAUCCAAGAUUUCACGCGUUGGAAAUUUUGCUGCUCAAGGAGGACGAAUCGCAUCGCUCGUCUACUUGGUCGAGAUGGCCAGUAGAUUCAUUUUAAAUGCCGCGGCUAGAGCGCCCAAGGCAGCCAAGGCAGCAGCGAAAUCAGCCGUUCCAAAAAACCUGGAACCGCUGGCUAAAUUUCCAAAUUUCUUUGCCAAUAUAGCAUAUGGAUAUUGGAUUGCCACGGAAGUGUCGAAAGCAAAGAGGAGACUCUUGCGCAAGGUUUACACUCGAUUACCAGAUCCAGAAACCUAUGAUGGGAUGUUUGAUUUUCUGAUUUACAUCACUGCUUCCAUUAUAGUGCUGGAUGCCUGUCAUUUCGAUCUUGGGGGUUUAGUUCGAUCCCUUGUUGCAGUUGGUGGUCUCUCUUCUAUCGUAAUCGGUUUGGCGUUGAAAGAACCAGUUUCCCAAAUGCUACAAGGAGCUCUAAUGAUGGCUUCGAAUAAAUUCCACCGCAAUGAGAGUAUUCGACUGGGAGAUGGGACACAAGGCAAAGUAGUGGAUAUUGGGUUAUUGGAGACGACCAUAAUGGGCGGAGACGAUAUUACGGUCAAGAUUCCUCACAGCAAAAUGACAGGCCAAAAGUUUUCAAACAUUUCUCGCAUGCAACGCUCUCAGGCAAAAUUCGAGUUGCAAUUUCAUUUUGAGGACUUGGUUCGGAUCGACGAUAUAGUACAAGCCCUGAAAGAAGAAAUCCGAAGUGCCUGUCCGAAGCUCAUUACAGACGGAUCGCGUCCUUUCCGUGUCAUGUGGACGGAUAUUGCCACAAAUCAUAUUCUAGUGACAAUCGAUACUCAUCACUAUGUGCCGCCGUCCUCCGGUGCCUAUUGGGAGGCUAGGGGAGCAGUUUUGUCGGCCAUUUCGAGAGCUUUGGUCAAAACGAAAGGAAAGUUUGCUAAUGGAGUGAAGAUCAGUGGCUAA